CCUAAAGCAGCUAGCUUUAAAAAAAUUUUUCUCACAUUCUUAUCUAUGUUUGUCACUGCUUUUCUCUGAAUCUGUUCAUUAGAUUUCUUUGAUUUGUUGCACAAAUAACCCUUGAGUGACAUAUCUUGAUUUUCAAAAAAAAGUUAUAAUGGUGGCAUUAACUUUAUACAAAAUUUCAUUCUUAUGCUUAUGUUUAAUAUUCGGGUGUGACCUUGUUUUCAUUGUGAUUUUUUUUAUUGUGUAAUUGACCAUUAUUUUUAGGAGGUAAAUUUUUUUAUCAUUUAGAUGUCAAUAUCUGUGUGAAGUAAAUUUAAAAUGCCUGAACAAUUUGGUUCAUGGUACAGGGAGGUUUGUGAUCACCUGCAAAAAUCAAACCAUUUUGAAGACCUUGAAAAUUUGUUCAACAAACAAACCACAGACAAAACUCGUGUUCAGGUUUUGCUUAAACAGUCUUUACUUACUCAUGAAAUACAAGAAAAUUUUUGUGAGAAAGCAAAUUAUAAAAGUAAGGAUUUUCGGAAUAAUGGAAAUGCGUUGUAUGCCAGUAAAAAAUUAUGCGAAGCUUUAUUGAUGUAUACAAAAAGCAUUGCAUAUGCAGAAAGCAACAGUGAAGAGUUAGCAUUGGCAUACGGAAACAGAUCAGCUGUUUUGUUCGAACUUGGAAAAUUUGAUCUAUGUGAGCAUGAUAUUCUUCUUUCGUUGGAAAACAAUUACCCACAGAAACUUCAAUUUAAAUUAUUGGAACGAUUAGGCAAGUGUUAUUUCAAAAAUAAACAAUUCAAGAAAAGUAUAGAAGCUUUUCAAAAAAGCUUACAGUUGCUACAAAAAAGUGAUUUAAACACAGAGAAGAAGAACAACAAAGCUCGCUUGUUGUUUGAGCAUAUAAAUAAAUACCAUGGAUCCAACGAUAAUGUAAAUAACUACAGAAUUAUAAGCAAUUCAGUGUAUGAGUUAGAAAGGCCGUACAUUGAAGAUGGGUUAAAAAACAAAAUGUUUCCAUGUGCAUCAAAAUCUUUUGGUAUCGAAGAACAAUCUGGCCAAGGUAGAUGUGCAGUUGCUUUGAAAGAUAUACAUGCUGGUGAAGUUAUUGUUGUUGAAAAAGCUUUCAGCUCGAUAUGUUUACCAGAAAGUUUUGAAAAUCAUUGUUAUAAUUGCCUAACUAGAUUUAUUGCGGGUUACCCCUGUAAGAAUUGUGCUGCAGUGCUGUAUUGUUCUUCAACGUGCAAAGAAAAGGACUGGGAGUUGUUCCACAAAUAUGAAUGUUGUUAUUUAAACAUAUUAAUUAAAGAUGAAGUGGGUUUAGGUCACCUUGCUCUAAAGAUGGUUGUUAUGGUCGGUUUAACUGAACUGAUUAAUUUUGAAGAAAGAAGAGAGAAAAAGAAAAAAAAUUUAAAAGGUAUAACAGGACUGAAUGAAAACAACAUAUUCCAGCCAAAUGAUUAUUUUUGUGUGUACUCUUUAACCGGUAAUAGCCAAUCAAGAAAACCAUCUGAUCUUUUUCGUAGAACUUUGUUGGCGAUAUAUUUAUCCAAGAUAUUGGCCAAAUCCGGCUUUGUGAUUAGCAGUGUGGAAAAUGAUGUUGGUUUGAUUGCAACGCACUUGCUAAAACAAAUUCAAAUGCUCCCUUGUAAUGCACAUGAAGUUUCAGAACUUUACAUGGAGGGAACCGAAUUUGCUCAGGCUGAACUUCGAGAAAUUGGAUCAGCAGCAUAUACAACAUUAAGCUUAUUAAAUCAUUCAUGUGACCCAUCUGUUGUGCGGCAUUGCUAUGGUGAUACUUGUGUUCUUCGUGCCGUGAAAUAUAUUAAAAAGGGCAACCCCAUUGUUGAUAAUUAUGGUUUUCUUUAUGCAGUUGAGGAAAAAAGCAGUAGGGAACAACAUUUACUGGAGCAGUAUUAUUUUUCUUGUGAAUGCAUACCAUGUAGGGAAGACUGGCCUUUGUAUAGCAAUUUAAAUGAAUCUCCACCUGCUUUUGUAUGUGCAAACUGCAAGAGUGUUUUAUCUGGUCAUGUUUGUAGAAAUUGUAAUUUUGUUGAUAAUGAAUUAGCAAAUUUUGAUAAUAUUCAAGAGAAAUUCCAAGAUUGCAUGAACAAUGUGCUGGAAACAGGAAGCAUUUAUGAAAAUUUACCAAUGCUUUUAAAAUAUUUAGAUCUAGUCUCUAAAAAGGCCAAACUGCCUAUUAUUCAUUUAAAUAAUUGCCAAGAAAUUGUAAAAUUAUGCUUUUCUAUGCAGGGGAAUUUUGUAAAACUUUAGAUCCUGUUAGUUUAAGAUUUAGAUUGGUUAUUCCUAAUGCAGGCUUGGUUGUGAAAAAAGGUGGUGGUGCGUGGUACCCAAAUAGCAAAUAAAAUAAAAUCUCACGUUCAUGGCUUGUGCCCCAGGUCAUGUUGACAAAAUGGUGUGCGAAGUAUGGAAAAAAGCUAAUUAUCAACAUAGAAAUGGUAUAUAGAUGUCAGUAACUUAUUUGCUUCAUCUACUUACCAAGGUUCAGCACUAAACUUAAUAUUUGACCCUUGAUGAUCUCUGAACAGUUGAAAUUCAGCAGUGGUAAAACAGGCAGUAUUGUGGAUACCCGCGUCUAAAAAUUAUUCCACAUUUUUACUUUUGGUCACUUUUCAUCACACCUAAGGAGCUUGUCGAAUAUAUCUAAGAAAAGUGUGGUGCCAAGCAAAGAAAGCAAGACUAUGUGAAACUAAUUUUGAGAAAGUGUUUUAAAUUUAUUGUGACUUAGGGUUUCAUUAGGGUUAAACCUAAAGUCAUGUUUUUAUUAUGUAACUUUUUAUUUAUAAAAAUGUUAACAAACAAUGUAUUAUUUAGUUUCGGAUAUUGUGAUAUUAAUAAAAAAAUACAAAUGUGUAA